AUGAGGAAUACUAGCAAUGCUGGUGCUAAUCCAGGCAUAAUAUUCUCAUACAAAAACGUAGAGAAUUGGCCGCCGUGUCUUGCAUCCUUUUCCAUUCCGCGGUCGUUGGUCGAUGUACCACUUGCAGGAGGUUUCUCGGCUAUCUCUCAAAAAGGGUUGGAGUGGAUAUCUCAAAAAGUUGGAAACAUGUCGUUAGGGAAUCUCUCGUCAUUACUGUCGGGAAAAGGCGUCGUUGAAAAUACAACCAAUAGUCCUCUCGAUGGCGCAUUCCCCAGUCGAGUGUUUUGCUCACUGCCAACAAAGGAGGAGAUUGUCUCCCUCGUCCAAGACUACAUCGAGGACUUCAAUAUGCUGUUCCCAAUUUUUCAGCGGUCCGAGCUACUCUCCCUCUUCAGUCAAAAAAGCUUGGACAUGAAAGUUCAAACACCAAGCCAGUGGGCCUGCGUAAAUGCAGUCCUAGCAACAGCAUACAUGAUUCGCCCUCGAGAUGAAGGAUCUGGGACAGAUCAUCAUCACAAAAGCUGGUUGUUCAUCCAAAAUGCCUUAGAAAUGGUGAAUGAGCUCUGUCUUGGCCCACCAGACCUUUUGGGUCUCCAAGCGCUCCUCCUAGUGGCUACUUUUCUUCUGGGAACGUCGGCUGAGACUCCAUGUGGCUUUUUGGUCUCCGCCGCUAUUCGCAUCUGUCACGAACUGGGCUUGGGCAACACAGAAGAUGACUCUCCCUUGUGUUCGGAAGAGAUCCAACACAAGCGGACAGUAUUUUGGAUCGCUUAUUGCUUAGAUCGAGAACUAUCCCUUCGGUUCUGUGAACCGCCGGCGCAAAGCGAUGCAGACUUCAGUGCGACUUUACCAAUGGACGCACCGACCGACAGCAAGUACAAUAUGCCAACUAGUGAUCUAUCUGGGAGUUUCAAUGCGUUCCGGUCAACUUGCCAGCUUGCUAUGAUCAAGGGGCAACUUUAUAGGGACCUUUACUCCCCCGCUGCGGAGGAUAGGCCACUGAGCCAGGUCAUCGCCUCAGUCGGAGUGUUAGACGAAAAGCUCCAAGAGUGGAAACGAAGCAUUCCACCCGAAUACCAGCCGGAAAAGGCCGUAGCUGAUGGCCACCGGUCAAAAAUAUCACCUGUGUUACUUUUGCUACAUUAUUCGUACUUCCACUGCAUGAUUGCAGUUCACCGUCGUGUUGUCGCCCGGGGAUUGAGCAUCGGGACAGAUCUUCUGGAGAAGGAUGACUUUACGAGCUCGCCCGCCUCGUUAUCCAAUCCCAGGGUAUUGCUGUCUACGUCACUCUGCACCAAAGCCGCUAGAGCAUCUAUCAACCUUACAAAAUAUUUAUCGCAGGAGAAUACACCCUUUUUUGGGUCUUUGAUAUAUUACCCAAUGAUUGCGUCAAUGACCCUUUCAUGGAGUAUCAUACGUAACCCCCAAGAUGCUUAUCGAGGAUACAAUUUGAAACUAAUUGACCGGACGGAGGAUUUUCUGUCCUCUCACACUUUCUGCAAAGCCUUUGAGGGGAUACGGCGCCUUGCGAAGCAGUGCGCUGAAUACCGCUCCAUUGCAGAAGCUGCAGUGAAGGCCACAAUGUAG